CGAACCAAAACGAACUCGGUCACGUUGAAAUAGAUUUAAAAAUAGAGAACUAUAUAACUUUCCAAUUUUUAAACUUAUAAAGCUUUUUUUUCUUCAAGUCUCACUCAAUUUUUUCUUUUUUAUAGUCUCACUCAACUAAAAUCAAAACAAAUAAAGAAUUGAAGUAAAAAGAUCGGUACGAACCUUGGGCCAUAGUUCAGGUAAUUGACUAAUAUCUUUUGGUUUUGCAUUAAAGAAUUGAAGUAAAAAGAUCGGUACGAACCUUGGGCCAUAGUUCAGAUGUAAUGGAUGUUAAAGACACAACUGAGAACCCUGAUCAAAGUUUCUAGUUUGUAUGAAUGAACAGGACCAUCUUACAUACCAUCUCAAACCCUCGAUAUCUUCGUAAGCUUGAAAAAUGUUCAACUUUCGAACAACUCAAACAAAUCCACGCGCAAACCAUCACUGUCGGUCUUGCUCGAUUUACUUACAUAACCAGCAAACUCCUGGCUUUCUCGGCGAUAUCCGAUAUAGAUUACGCGCACACAAUCUUGAACCAAAUAAGCAUGCCUACCAUCUUUGAUUUCAACACUAUGAUAUUGGGUUACUCUAAAACGUCAAAACGAGAAAUGGGUGUUCUACUUUACACUAAAAUGCGUAACGAAGGAAUCAAACCGAAUGCUCGUACGUUCCCUGUGUUGAUCAGAACGUGUGAUUGUUUACGGUCGUUGCGUCAAGUGCAUGGACAAGUCGUGAAAUACGGAAAUGUUUCUGAUGUUUAUGUUACCAGCUUGCUUAUAUCUGUGUAUUCGAGUUAUAAAGCUAUUGAAUUAGCUAAACAAGUGUUUGAAGAAAGCGCGUACAAGAAUGUGGUGUGUUGUACUAGUUUGAUAACGGGGUGUUUUAGUAACGGGCUUAUUGACGAUGCUUGUAAGGUGUUUGAUGAAAUGCCCGAGAGAAAUGAUGUAUCGUAUAGCGCGAUGAUUUCUGGGUUUGUGAAGAAUGAACUUUUCAAUGAAGCAAUCCAGUUGUAUCGCCGGAUGAUAAAUUGUGGCGUAGGGAACCCUAACAGGUCUCUUUUGCUGAGCGUUCUCAAUGCUUGCGGUGCGGUUGGUGCUUUUGAAAUAGGAAGAAGUAUACACUGUCAAUUAGUUGAAGAAUCGUUUAGUGUAGACGUCGAUUUUGGUACGGCGCUGAUCGAUUUCUAUGCUAAAUGUGGGGAUAUAGAGAAAGCCAAAGAUAUAUUCAACGCAAUGCCUUAUAAAGAUGUUGCCGCAUGGAGUGCGAUGAUUUUAGGGCUAGCUACAAACGGUAAAAACGAAACGGCAAUCGAUCUUUUUGAGGAAAUGGAGCAGAACGGACCGGUUCCAAACGGCAUUAUAUUUGUUGCGGUUCUUGUUGCUUGUAAUCACAAAACUUUAUUAAAAAAACCAUGGUCUAUACUUGGUAAAAUGAGCAAAGUUUACAACGUGCAAUUAACAAUCGAGCACUACGGAUGCAUGGUCGAUCUGUUGGCUAGAUCCGGACAGCUGAAAGAAGCCGAGAAGCUGAUCAAGUUGAUGCCGAUGACACCCGACGGAGCUGUAUGGGGAUCUUUUCUACAUGGGUGUUUAACGCAUAGUGCAAUACAUCUAGCGGGGACAGCUGGAAAACGUUUGUUAGAAUUAGAGCCGACGCACAGUGGAAGGUAUGUCGGGCUUGCUAAUAUGUAUGCGAGUAAUGGAAGCUGGGAAGGUGUGAUUAAACUGAGGAAGAUGAUGACGGAACGAAAAGUUGCCAUUGCUCCUGGUUGGAGUUUUAUUGAAGUUAAUGGGAUUGUUAACAAAUUCUUUGUUGAUGAUCAAUGUCACCCUCAAGCUAAAGACAUUCAUGAUGUCCUAAUGUUACUUAAUAUUGUAUUAAUGAAUUAGUAUAAUUUGUGACAUCAUUCAUUGGCAUGGUUGUAAAAUUCCCGCUAGUAGCAGGUUAACCGAGUAUUUUUUUU